GGGAACUAGUUUAGCAAAGCUAUUUUCCCACACACACAACCCCUUGCCGCCUCCUUUACCACAGUAGAGAGCAGAUUUGCAAGGAUACUCCUAAGAGUUUUCUCAGAACAUAGUACGGCUUUUAAAUUCUUAGCAUAUGAAUUCUCUUACUUUCACUUUGUUCCUUUGAAGUCACUUCCGCCUUGUGGCCAACACAUGUCAAAUCUGUGGCGGGAGUUGGAGUUUCUGCUGCAAAUACACCAGCCUUUGAAUGGUUCACCACUGAGCCUGAAGCAUGACUGCUUGUCCUCUGACUAAAAGUACUGAGGUUAAGAGAUUCAUCAUGUCUACAGCUUGUAAUAUAAAAAAAUGUUUAACACCUCAGACAUCCUGUUUGACACAUGAGUCUUGUAAAGAGCUGGAUUUUUUGCCUGACACACUGAAAGCAAAACUGCUUCCUUUCCAGAAAGAUGGAAUUACUUUUGCCCUCAGAAGAAAUGGCAGGUGCAUGGUGGCUGAUGAAAUGGGUCUAGGAAAGACAAUUCAGGCAAUUGCCAUUGCUUAUUUCUACAAAGAAGAAUGGCCUCUUUUAAUAGUGGUCCCUUCAUCUCUGAGGUACCCUUGGUCAGAAGAAAUAGAAAAAUGGAUACCAGAACUUGGACCAAAAGAAAUUAAUGUUAUUCAGAAUAAAACUGAUGUUUGGAGAAUAUCAUCCAGCAAAGUGACAGUUUUAGGUUAUGGUCUUUUAACCAUGGAUGCAGAAACUUUGAUAGAUACACUGCAUAAUCAAAACUUCAAAGUUGUUAUAGUGGAUGAAUCACACUACAUGAAGUCUAGAAAUGCAACUCGGAGCAAGAUAUUAUUGCCACUAGUACAGAAAGCCAAAAGAGCCAUUCUUCUUACGGGAACUCCAGCUUUGGGAAGACCUGAAGAGCUUUUCAUGCAGAUUGAAGCUCUCUUCCCACAAAAAUUUGGAACAUGGACUGACUAUGCCAAAAGAUACUGUAAUGCACGUAUCAGAUAUUUUGGUAAAAGAACUCAGUGGGAUUAUAGAGGAGCAUCAAAUCUUAAAGAACUUCAUCAUCUAUUAAGUGACAUAAUGAUUAGAAGACUAAAGACUCAAGUUUUAACCCAGUUGCCCCCCAAAAUCCGACAACGUAUUCCAUUUGAUCUUCCAUCAGGAGCAGCCAAGGAACUGAGUACCAGCUUUGAAGAGUGGGAAAAGUUAAUGAGAGCUCCAAGUUCAGGUGCCACGGAGACUGUCAUGGGGUUGAUUACGCGCAUGUUUAAACAAACUGCUAUUGCCAAGGCAGGUGCUGUAAAGGAUUACAUAAAGAUGAUGCUUCAGAAUGAAUCACUUAAAUUUCUAGUUUUUGCUCAUCAUUUAUGUAUGCUCCAAGCUUGCACUGAGGCAGCCAUAGAAAACAAGACUCGUUAUAUCAGGAUAGAUGGAAGUGUCCCAUCUUCAGAAAGGAUACAUCUGGUUAAUCAGUUUCAAAAGGAUCCAGACACACGUGUAGCUAUCCUGAGCAUUCAGGCUGCUGGUCAGGGUUUGACAUUUACUGCAGCGACUCAUGUUGUAUUUGCUGAGCUGUAUUGGGACCCUGGACAUAUAAAACAAGCAGAAGACCGUGCUCACCGAAUUGGACAGUGUAGUUCUGUAAAUAUUCACUACCUUAUUGCAAAUGGAACUCUAGACACCCUUAUGUGGGGAAUGUUGAAUCGUAAGGCUCAAGUUACAGGGAGCACUCUGAAUGGUAGGAAGGAGCAAAUUCAAGCUGAAGAAGGUGAUAAGGAAAAAUGGGAUUUUCUGCAGUUUGCUGAAGCCUGGACUCCAAAUGAAAGUUUUGAAGAGCUCAGGAACGAUAUUUUGUUCACUCAUUUUGAAAAAGAAAAACAGCAUGAUAUUCGAUCAUUCUUUUUACCAAAACCCAACAAAAGACAAUUAGUGACAUCCUGUGAUGAAUCAAGGACAUACCAGGAGAAAAAUACAAUAUCAUCAGCCAACCCUGGAAAAAUAGCUAUAAGAGAUCGAGUUGAUUGUGAAAGAAAUUUUGAACCUGAAACUAAACGAGUGAAGUCAGUCACAAGUGAUGGAUGCUGCAGCUCCUUGGAGGAGAAGCCCUCCCAGCUUAAGGAAACCAAACCUCCAUUCUCACAAGGGCUCUGUAAGGCAACGACUCCACCUGUUUCUGCAGAGUGCUGGCAGUGUGCUUUCUGCACAUUUAUCAAUAACUCACUAUUACCUAAUUGUGAAAUGUGUGAGAAUCCUCAGAGCAGUGCUGACAGGCACAACAAUACCCAGGAUCAAGAUAAACAUGAGAAGGAUGAUUCUAGAAAAGACACAUCUAAAAACAUGGACACUAGUUCUCAUUGUGGAAAGAAAGUCUCUGUACAGUCAAAGUCUAAACUGUUGGCAGAGAACAAUGAAGAAAUACCAGAAGUCAAAGAGGAAGACAGACUUAUACCUCAGCUAGGCAAUGAGCUGAAGAAUUCAAAUGCUUUGCCAGUGUAUGAUACCCUAAUGUUUUGUGCAAGUAAGAAUACUGACCGUAUUCACCUCUAUACUAAGGAUGGAAGUCAGAUGAACUGUAAUUUCAUUCCUUUGGAUAUAAAAUUAGACCUUUGGGAAGAUUUGCCAGCAAGCUUUCAGCUGAAACAAAAUCGCUCCCUGAUUUUAAGGUUUGUUCGAGAAUGGAGUAGCCUAACUGCCAUGAAGCAAAGAAUAAUCAGGAAGAGUGAGCAGCUGUUCUGUAGCCCAAUUCUUGCUUUGGAAGAGAUCACAAAGCAACAAGCCAAACAGCAUAGUACAAAGAGGUACAUAACCAAAGAAGAUGUUGCUGUUGCCUCAAUAGACAAGGUGAAGAGUGAUGGUGGCCAUGUCUGCCUUAUCACAAAAGAAUCCAGGCAACAGGACCCUUCUACAAAAAAAUUCCUUGAAGAUGGAGCCCGUGUUCCAUUUCUAAAUCCUUCCAUAGACCAAACUGAGCUCACUGUGGGCCCUUCUGCAUCCAAAGGCUAUCUGCAAGCUGUGGAUCGUGAAGGAAAUCCACUUUGCCUGCACUGCCAGCAGCCCGUUUGCCAAGCUAAACGAGAGCCUAAAGCAAAUGGCUGGGACUCCCGGUUCUGCUCUCUGCAGUGUCAGGAGGAGUUUUGGAUUCGAUCUAACAACAGUUACCUAAGAGCCAAAGUAUUUGAAAUUGAGCAUGGUGUGUGCCAGCAAUGCCAUUUGAAUGCACAAGAACUUUUUUUACGUCUGAGAGAUGCCCCUAAAAGUCAGAGGAAAAGUCUUCUGGAUACUACCUGGACCUCAAAACUCUCACUGGAACAGCUUAACGAAAUGAUAAGAAACCCCGGGGAAGGGCACUUCUGGCAGGUGGAUCACAUCAAACCAGUGUCAAGUGGAGGAGGACAGUGCUCCCUGGAUAACCUGCAGACUCUCUGUACCCUCUGCCACAGAGAGAGAACUGCCAAACAAGCCAAGGAUAGAAACCAGAUGAGAAGACAAUCUGUAGCGUCAAAAUAUGGAUCCGACAUCACACGAUUUUUGGUGAAAAAAUGAAGCAUAAAAUUUUUUGAGUGACUGGUGAGAUGGCGCAGUGAAUAAAGUACAGGACUUGUAUACAUGAAACCCCGGAUUCAACGAUCCACACCUCUGAUGCCAGAGUGAUACUCUGGUCUCCAUCUAUCUUGUAAAAAUAAGUUAAGUCUUGGGAGUCAGGCGGAAUCACAGCGGGUUAAGCACUCAUGGCGCAAAGCACAAGGACCAUCAUAAAAAAUCCCAGUUUGAGCCCCCGACUCCCUACCUGCAGGGGAGUUGCUUCACAGGUGGUGAAGCAGGUCUGCAGGUGUCUAUCUUUCUCUCCUCCUCUCUGUCUUCCCCUCCUCUCUCCAUUUCUCUCUGUCCUAUCCAACAACAAUGACAUCAAUAACAACAACAAUAAAAAAAAAACAAGGGCAACAAAAGGGAAAAUAAAUAAAUAAUAUGAAAAAAAUAAAAAAGAAGUAAGUCUUUCAAAAAUCAUGGAUGACAAAUUAGCAUGUGGAAAAUGUCACACAAAUGUUGUUCAUGUUUGUCUAAUUUUUAAUGAAAAACUUUAGAACAAAAAUCAAGAUUGUGACUUUCCUUACAUAGUAAAUGCUCUCUAGUACUCAAUAGCUUUUGAGAGCACUCAAUGGAAACUGAGAUUAAGUAAAUAUUUCUAUCAUAUUGAUGAUGUCAAUGCAGACUCUCAAUUAUGUUAUAGAAAAGUUUUGUUAAACAUUUAUUUCUUUAGCUAUACUGUAACCAUGUCAUAUGUGGAUUGUAUUUGUGGUUUGUAUUUGAAGAUUAUAUUCUCAAUUACCUGGAAAAUGUUACUGGAUUAGUACUGGUGCUUACUGCUGAGGAAGUAGGAUACUGCAAAACUGUAAUGCAAAUUUCAGAGGCAAAUCAUCAUAUUGAGGAAUCGUGGGUCCAGCGUGUCUGCCCUGCUUGGUUUAGUAUGCAAAAGAGACUUCGCUAGAUGAUUCCAAAAUGUGUUUACACAUUUUAUUUCAACUUUUUUGUUUUCCUUCUUAAUCAUUGUCUUUACUGAAAACAAAAUUUUUAAAAAUACGAUAAUUAUUCCUUGGUGUUUAUGGGCAGUUCAGGGAUACUAAGUAAAGAAAUUGUUAACACUAUUAAAAAACUGGAAACACAAAA